AUGGCCCAACUAAUACAAAUGUCCACGGAACAAUUGCAACAGUUGAUUCAGUCGGUACAGACGGCUGCCACCAGCAAUGCAACUGCUGCCGCCACUGCAGCAGCAACUGCAUCAAAUACUGCACUUAAAUCCAAAGGCAGUUUCAGUAAUUGUCCCUGCCGCUUCGGCGGUCAACGUGAUCAUGAAGCUGUCGAAGAGUUUAUUACCUCCAUUACCACUUACAAAGACAUCGAAUGCAUUAACGAUGAAGAUGCCCUUAAGGGUAUCUCUUUGCUCUUCUAUGGCAUGGCAUCUACCUGGUGGCAAGGUGUCCGUAAAGAAGCCAAAUCCUGGCCAGAUGUUCUUUCACUAAUCCGUGAUCAUUUUUCACCCACUAAGCCAUCGUAUCAAAUCUAUUUGGAAAUUUUCGAAAAGAAACAAGACGAUGUUACGGCCAUCGAUACAUUUGUCUGUCAAAAAAGGGCCCUAUUGGCCCAAUUGCCUGACGAACGUCACAAUGAGGAAACUGAAAUUGAUUUCGUCUAUGGUCUGUUGAAUAUUAAAUAUCGCAAACAUAUAGCCCGCCAUGACCUGAAGACAUUUAGAGAGUUGUUGGAAAAGGGCCGCAUUAUAGAGCGCAAUGUGAUGGAGGAUCUAAAUCAAAGGCAAUUCCAAGGACCCAUACGUGGUGCAGCAAGAGCUGGUAAACGUUGUACAUAUUGCAAUUUCCGUGGUCAUACAACGGACCAAUGUCGUAAACGUGGACAACCUAAUGGUCGUUCCGGAAUGGAAAAUUCUAUAGAAUAG